AGGCUGAUGCUCAUGUCCUAAAAUGUUGACAUUUUUUUUUCUUUCUCUUUGCGUUUCAUCACACACACACACACUGACUGGCUUUCUGUGUCUCGCGUGCUGGAGUUAGCAGAAGGUAGGCUCUCGUUUCAUCAUGUCAUACAUUAUUGUAGUUUUAGCCUCGGUCUCUGCAACUCUACAGGACUGUAUUAUGGCAUAUUAACAUUAAUCUGUGACCCCCCGUUCAUUUAUAAUUUAAGAUUAUUGUUUGUGUUCAGAACAAACUUUAUAAAAAAAAUAAUUAUCAUUUAAAAUGGCUUGAUUAAUGUAUACAUAAACCAAUUGCUCUAAUUUAAAUGUGUUGAAAAUCAGCAACUUUUUCCACUAUUCAGAAAAUGUCUCUGCUAUAAAUUAUGUUACCCUUAUUUUCUGUAACAAACUCUACCAUUAUCUUUAAUUUAUUUGUUAUCAGAAAAAUAUUAGUUAUGUUAAAGCCGUUUUAAUUUGUUUUUAAAGAAACUAUUUCCACACAUUAAAAUGGUUGGGCAAAAAUACAGAUUUAAAAAAAAGGGAAAAAUGAAGAACGUCGGCAUGAUUCUCAGCUACCAUGUCACCGAAUAAAGGACAAAAUAUCUAUUCUAUUUUAAUUAUUUGAUAAAAAAAUUAUUACAAUUAUACAAGAUUAAUGAAUAGCACAGAUCGUAAAAUUCAAGACCGUUCCCAUUUGAGUGAAGCAUUUGAUACUUUAGUUGGGGUUUUUUUUUUAUAAGACGUAAAUAGAUUCCAAGAUAAGAUUACAUUCACUCCUUAAAAGGACCGAUGUCUGUUAGUUGCAUGUUCUUGAUAACGAUCGUGACCCAGUUGAGCAGUGGCGUGCCUACUUGAACGAGUUAGGGAGAGGCCCUCCUACAUGAAUGAGGUAAGCAAGAGGCGUGCCUACUUGAACCAGUUAAGCAAGAGGCGUGCCUACAUGAACGCGUUAAGCAAGAGGCCUUCCUACAUGAACGAGUUAAGCAAUGGCGUGCCUACAUGAACGAGUUAAGCAAGAGGCCUUCCUACAUGAACGAGUUAAGCAAGAGGCGUGCCUACAUGAACGAGUUAAGCAAGAGGCCUUCCUACAUGAACGAGUUAAGCAAGAGGCGUGCCUACAUGAACUAGCAGUUGAUAAAUGGUGUGCCUACUUGAAUCAGUUAAGCAAGAGGCGUGCCUACAUGAACUAGUUGAGCAAUGGUGUGCCUACUUGAACCAGUUAAGCAAGAGGCGUGCUUACAUGAACUAGCACUUGAUAAAUGGUGUGCCUACUUGAAUCAGUUAAGCAAGAGGCGUGCCUACAUGAACUAGUUGAGCAAUGGUGUGCCUACUUGAACCAGUUAAGCAAGAGGCGUGCUUACAUGAACUAGUUGAGCAAUGGUGUGCUUACUUGAACCAGUUAAGCAAGAGGCGUGCUUACAUGAACUAGUUGAGCAAUGGUGUGCCUACUUGAACCAGUUAAGCAAGAGGCGUGCCUACAUGAACUAGUUGAGCAAUGAAUUGCCUACAUGAACCAGUUAAGCAAGGGGCGUGCCUACAUGAACGGGUUAAGCAAGAUGCGUGCUUACAUGAACGGGCUAAGCAAGAGGCGUGCCUACUUGAUUUUGAAUAUAACUAGACAAAAGCGUUUGAAAAAAAAGAAAUGAACAAAUAUGUUUCAAAAAAUUGUUGUUUAUAACCUAAUAUAGGUUCAGAAUUACUUUCUAAUAUUAAGACAGUGACUUAAGAGACACUGUAACAGGAUACUUUUACAGUGACUUAAGAGACACUGUCACAUUUACGUAUCAUCGUUCACCCGAUAACAGACCAAUUAUAACGCUUUCUUCUUCAUUAAAAAUGUCCUCUGUGUCCUAUUUGUUCUCUGUGUCAUAGUUGUCCUACGUGUCCUCUGUGUAUAUAUGUCCUACGUGUCCUCUAUGCUCUCUGUUUCGUCUAUGUCCUACAUGUCUUCUGUGUCCUACGUGUCCUAUGUGUCCUAUGUAACCUAAGUGUAAUCUGUAUCACAUGUGUCCUCUUUGUGCAAUAUGUCUUUUGUGUCAUUUGUGUCCUCUGUGUCCUACGUGUCCUCUGUGUCCUACGCACUUACAAUUUUAAUCCGGUUUUAUUAUAGAAUAAAUUUUAAAAAAUUAAUACUUAAGUCUUGUUAUGUAAUGAGGUCUGGCCGAGUAUAUUAGCAGAAAUUUCUUUGGUUACUGUCUUCAAAUAAAAUAUAUUAGCCAAGAUUUCAUUGGUGACUUCAUUUAAUCCGAUCAGCAUUGUUUAAAAUUAUUGUGUUGGAAUAAUAACAAAUUCGUACGAAAUGACAAAUGAAAUGAUGCUUGAAAUACUUUCUAAAAUGACGCCUAAAUGAAGCCUGAAAUGACGUCUGAAAUGUCGUCUGAAAUGACGUCUGAAAUGACUUCUGAAAUGACUUCUGAAAGGACGUAUGAAAUGACGUCUGAAAUGACGUCUGAAAUGUCGUCUGAAAUGACGUCUGAAAUGAUGUCUGCAAUGACGCCUAAAGGAGGUCUGAAAUGACGUCUGAAAUGACGUGUGAAAUGUCGUCUGAAAUGACGCCUAAAAUGACUCCUGAAAAUAAAAACGUUUGAACGUCACGCUGCUUCAGUAUGUUGGCUUGUCAAAAAUAACUUAUUAAUGAAUUUGAAAUCAAUACUGUACACUUCAUUUUGAAAAAUUCCACUUACCUUAAGAGAUCAGAUCACGUCCCAUCAGUAGUGCAUGUUUAUGUUUCAAUCGUGGACUCACGUCCCAUUACUACUGCAUGUUUAUGUUUCAACUGUGGACUCACUGGCACAACUUUUUGGCAGCGGACUGUUUCACUUCUGAUAAGAAUGCUUUCUUAUCAGUACAAGUUAUUAUCGGCUAUAAAAGCUUCUCAUUAAAGUAGAACUUUGUCUCUUUCUUGGUGAUUUGUCAGCCGAGGGUAAGUAGUCAUAAAUUUCAUUAACUGAUCGUCUCAACAAUACAAAUCCGGACAAAUGUGUUUAGUCGUGUAAUUAAUUUGAAUAUUGGGAAAUAUUAUAAGCGGUUAAAACCUUAAAAUGUAAUCUUAAAAUUAAAUUUUAGAUUCCAUGCCUGAAGAAAACUAAUGUUUAUGAGACAUAUUCGAAAAAUAUCAAAUUGAAGAUACUAUCGUCCUUCCACAUGAAAAAUGUGAAGUUAGAUAUACAAGAAUCCUACGAUAUGAGCAAUAUCAAGUAAGAGAUACAAGAGUCCUAUGAUAUGAAUAAUAUCAAGUUAGAGAUACCAGAGUCCUACUAUAUGCAUCCGCCGAGAAAAUAAGUUGAUUUUUUUAAAAAUAUGUUUAAAUAUGUUAUUAGUUUUACAGUUUUUAAUUUUAGAAUCCAGAGUUCAGGGUCAUCAAAAAUACUGAAGUGCUGUUUAAAUUAUUAUACAAUUUUACGCUAAUGGAAUAAAUGUAUUGUUUUCAUUAAAGAUGCUGAAACUUUUAGCAAAACAAAGUAGAGCAAUAAAAGUAAUAUUGUUCAAUUGUAUGCUGUCAUUGUUAGUUGGUAGGAAACACUUUGCAAUAGAGUAUAGAGAAAUAAAAAUAAUGUUGUUAAAUUGUAUACCUUUAUUGCAGGUAAGUACCAGUGAAGGAUCUAAGGAACAAUGGCCAUCCUCACGCUAAUGACGCUGUCAGGCCUAAUGUCCGUACUGACCACAGUCCAGCCAGCGGUCAUUUCCAAGAGAGCCACCAUUGCUAUACCUAUGGAUCGGUACCACAACUACGAUGACAUGCAACUAACACUGCACCAGCUCGCGGCUCAAUAUCCAAACAUCGCCAGGGUUUACGACGUAGGCACUUCUGUGCGAGGCAGGAAACUGUCAGUCAUUCAGGUUAGUAUCCUAACAUCACCAGGGUUAAGGACGUAGGCAAUUCUGUGCGAGGAAGGAAACUGUCAGUCAUUCAGGUAAGUAUCCUAACAUCACCAGGUUUUACGACGUAGGCACUUCUGUGCGAGGCAGGAAACUGUCAGUCAUUCAGGUUAGUAUCCUAACAUCACCAGGGUUUACGACGUAGGCACUUCUGUGCGAGGCAGGAAACUGUCAGUCAUUCAGGUUAGUAUCCUAACAUCACCAGGGUUAAGGACGAAGGCACUUCUGUGCGAGGCAGGAAACUGUCAGUCAUUUAGGUUAGUAUCUUAACAUCACCAGGGUUAAGGACGUAGGCACUUCUGUGCGAGGCAGGAAACUGUCAGUCAUUCAGGUUAGUAUCCUUACAUCACCAAGCUUAAGGACGUAGGCACUUCUGUGCGAGGCAGAAAAAUGUCAGUCAUUCAGGUAAGUAUCCUAACAUCACCAGGGUUUACGACGUAGGCACUUCUGUGCGAGGCAGGAAACUGUCAGUCUUUUAGGUUAGUAUCCUAACAUCACCAGGGUUAAGGACGUAGGCACUUCUGUGCGUGGCAGGAAACUGUCAGUCAUUCAGUUUAGUAUCCUAACAUCACCAGGGUUAAGGACGUAGGCACUUCUGUUCGAGGCAGGAAACUGUCAGUCUUUCAGGUUAGUAUCCUAACAUCACCAGGGUUAAGGACGUAUGCACUUCUGUGCGAGGUAGGAAACUGUCAGUCAUUCAGGUAAGUAUCCUAACAUCACCAGGGUUUACGACGUAAGCACUUCUGUGCGAGGCAGGAAACUGUCAGUCAUUCAGGUAAGUAUCCAAACAUCGCCAGGAUUAAGAACUUAAGCACUUCUAUGCGAGACAGGAAACUGUCAGUCAUUCAGGUAAGUAUCCUAACAUCACCAGGGUUAAGGACGUAGGCACAUCUGUGCGAGACAGGAAACUGUCCGUCAUUCAGGUAGACGAUAGUUAUUCACGUUAGAACUUCCAUGUCAUUGGGAUGUUAGUUUAUCUCUGUAGUUUAACUUGAAAAAAUCAUUGAUUGGUUCUGCAGGCAAUCAAUCACGAUUGAAGCAAUCACUAUUCAAUCAAUCAUUAUUGAAACAAUCAUCGUUCAAUAAAUCACCAUUCAGUAAAUCCCCAUUCAAUCAAUCAGCAUUCAAUAAAUCACCAUUCAAUCAAUCACUCUGAAGCAAUAACCAUUUAUUCAAUUAACAUGCAAUCAAUCAUUUUUCAAUCAAUCACCAUGUAAUAAAUCAACAUUCAAUCAAUCCCCGUUCAGCCAAUUACCAUUCAAUCAAUCACAAUGCAAUUAAUCACCAUUCAAUCAAUCACCGAUCAAUCAAUCACAUUUCAAUAAAUAACCAUUACUUUCGGUUGUUCUAAACAUAUAUUUAUUACUAAGUAUAAUGUCAAUAUUUUAAAUGUGAAAACGUAAUUUUUUAUUGAUUUCAUGUCAAGUAAAACAUCACAGGGCAAUUAGUUUAUUUUACAGAUAAAAAGAAAGAAACAAAAUUGCAGAAGUAUCCGCAGUUUUAUAGAAGCGUUAAAUCUGGUAUUGCAACACAAAACCCGCGUAGAUGAAACACAUAUUAUUAAUAGACUUACAUAAAAAAUUAUAGAAGUUUCCGUCUAUUUUUGCUGAUUAUAAUUUGAAAUAAUGACAAUGUCUUAAUAAAUAUCGCUUUUUAUUCAUCAUCUUAGCAAAAGCCCAGUUUCACUGAGGUUAACUCUCUGAUACAUUCUAAGCAUUCAAACCAUCUCGUUGAAUUUUAUACUCAAUCAUUUACAUAUGUCUAUGACCCCCCCCCCCCCCCCCCAAUCAAAAUGAGAACUGUGUUUUACAUUCACUGUCCAGAUUUCAGAUCACGUGACACAGCGAGAAGUUGGCGAGCCCAGGUUCAAGUACAUCGGAAACAUGCACGGGAACGAGGCUGUUGGGCGUGAACUUCUCCUGUACCUCGCCCAGUACCUUCUCCAGAACUACGGCGUAGACCCCAGGGUCACCUACCUGGUGGACAAUACGGACAUCCACCUCAUGCCGAGCAUGAACCCGGAUGGCUUCGAGAUUUCACGAGAAGGAGAUUGCUCAACCGCUUACGGAAGACCAAACAGCAAUGGUAUGUCUAAUGUAUAUUUCUCUUCUGGUGUGGCUGGUUACUCGUGUAUCAUCCUAAAUAAAACAUUUUCUUUAACACAAAUAAAACCAAUUCCAAUGACAAUGAAUACACAACAAAAUACCAAUGGAAAAUUAUAUAAAACAAAAAUACCAAUGACAAAGAAUACACAACAAAAUACCAAUGGAAAAUUAUAUAAAACAAAAUACCAAUGACAAAGAAUACACAACAAAAAACCAAUGACUAUGCAAUAUAAUUAAUUUGCACACAGUUUUUUUGUAGUUUUUUUACUUCCUUUUGUUGAUACGUAACCUCAUUGAACAACUUUAGUAUAAGUCUGCUUCAGAUGACAUUAUAUCACAUCAACACUUUUUGUAAAAUUGUGCUUGCUAGCUAGCUACACCCAUGGUAAGUCACGUUGUAUAUUCAUUAGUGCAUUAAUUAUUGUAAUUUUAUCGUCAAAAGAUUGUGCCUUCUUAUAAUAGCUUAUUAAGCAUAUUAUGUGGACUAAAAUAGCUAUCUGCUGUUAUCUCAGAUUCGAACAAUGUCUGAUAAGGAGCAAUGUCCAAAAAAAAAAAGCCUAAAGACCCCGAGAUGUAUUCCUUUACCACAAACCAUGAACAUGGUCAAUGGUCCACCGAGACGACUUGGUUUUCAUUAUACAAAGUGAUUCAAUCUAACAAAACCAACGAAAAUGCAACAACAACCUCCCAUAUGUAUUCCAUAGAUUUUGAGACAAUCGAAUGACUAAACACAAUGAGUAUAGUUCUUAUCUCAUAUGCUGCAUACUGUUCUACUUAUACCAUCACACAAGAAAAUGAAACUUACAAUGACAGACGCACUGCAGACAUGACCACGCACGACAUGGUUAACAUAGGCCAGAUGUCAAACAUCGGUUAUUUGUUAUUGACUUUUUUCCUCCUGAUUUGAAAUCUUUUGUUCUGUCGGUUCAAAUUUACAAAUAUACGCUCAAGAAAUUGCUUCCAUUGUCUUAUUAUAAUGCCUAUUGGAUGAUACUUAAUAGAAGUCUCCAGAAUUAUUCCUUUCUAUGUGUUUUUGUUCGUAAUCUGUAUAGUGAUGAAUGUGGUCAUUCUUCUCGCUUUACUAAAUUAUGUACAAAGUAAAUGACCAAACUUAAGGAAUGGGGAAAAAAAUGGGAAUAAAAAAACAGUUUAGAUCAUACCUUACUGCCAUGUUGAUGAAAUUUACGAUAAAAAUUAAAGAUAAACUCCAAAGGUUUGUGCGUCGCUACUGAACAUAAAUUAUCAAAUGCCGAAUUGCAGGGCAGGAUUUGAACAGAAACUUCCCUGACCAGUACUGGCAGACCCCCACGCCACAGGUAGAAACACUUGCAGUAAUGAACUGGAUCAGGCAACAGCCCAACUUUGUCUUGUCUGCCAAUCUUCAUGGAGGAAGUUUAGUGGCCAACUACCCAUUCGACAAUACCCAAAACAGUGCUGUGCAAGAGGUGACAAAAGCUUGAAAUAACGACUCACAAUUGCCUUUUGAAUCACAGUUAUUUUUCCACAACAAUAACUUUAGUGAAAUAAGCUUUUAGUUAUUUUUAUUCUAAUGUUGUUUGUUGUCACGAUCACUUAAUUUGGCCUAUUACGAUUACUAGUUAAUUAUAUUGUAGCCGUAUGGUGGUGUGGCUUAUUACAGUUUUUUUUUUUUUUUUAAAAGACACAAUUCAUGAAACAGGUUUGAGAACUAAAGCUUUUUAUUCUUCGGGUACAGUCCGCUUAACAGACGGUCAAAUAAGCCGUUCUCACACACAAUAAACAUUAUCAAUUUACACACUCAGCCAGGCCCCCCUGGUUUAAACCCGCACUCCUUUUUUUUUUUUUUUUUUAAAAGACACAAUUCAUGAAACAGGUUUGAGAACUAAAGCUUUUUAUUCUUCGGGUACAGUCCGCUUAACAGACGGUCAAAUAAGCCGUUCUCACACACAAUACACAUUAUCAAUGUACACACUCAGCCAGGCGCCCCUGGUUUAAACCCGCACUGCCUUAUGUUGCUACUGUGCCAUCGACGUCAUGAGCUGUUCACCGAUCCCCCCGUGGGACAGGCAUGCCCCAGCUCAUGGAAUCUGAACAUGCCUGGCGUAAACAAUCGUGUCACAGGAGCAUGCUUCUUUGCCCCCAUAGGUGGCAUCCUGCCACAUAGGCGGCACCCAGCCACAAAGAAAACUGUUACAUGAAUGCAUGUUACAAAAAGUGGCGCAUUGCCACAAUAUUUAAAAACUUUUCUAGAUACGAGUUCGUCUGAACUAGGACAGUGCAACAUUUAUAACACCCAUUUUAUAAAUGUCAAACAGAACAACGAUGCUGUAUAAGAUAUGUAGAUAUAUGUAUAUACAUAUAUAUUAUAUAUAUAUAUAUAUAUAUAUAUAUAUAUAUAUGCUGAAUCUUAUGCAAAUACGCUAUAUUUCUUACACACCCCACCAAAGCUCUCAAUCAUUCAUAUUGAACUGUAACCUACUUUUAAAUCUUAUCUGAUUUAUAUUUCUCCCUGGUGUCUUCAGAAAUCCCCUCAAAUGUUUCACAUGACAGAUCCGUUUCUCUCCAGGGCAUUUCCAACCCAUCCCCAGAUGACGCGACCUUCAAGGUUCUGGCCAAAAGUUAUGCCAACGCCCACCCCACAAUGCAUCUGGGUAAACAGUGUUCCGGCGACGACUUUGCCGGGGGUAUCACCAAUGGCGCCAACUGGUACUCUGUCUCUGGUAAGUACGUCACGCGUUUGACCACGUGUUCAUACUUUUUUUUUUUUACCUCGAAAUCUGACAAUGUUUAAAACGUGCAUCUAAGUGCAGACAAUUUGGUGAACUUUAUAAUGUAAGGUGUUGAUGAUGCCAUCUAUCUCAUCUAAUCGUAGGAGAUAUCAAAGCUAAUACCAGUACAAAGGAAGUAAAUUGUGCUCACAUAACCCUUAACAAUACGUUUCGCUUUAUUUAAAUACAUUUAUAAUUUAAAAAAAAAUAUAUAUUUUCAUGCAUUAUUUAUUACUUUGACCAGGUUUGCCCGAUGUAAAUAUAUAUACCUCCCGUUAUAGGAGCUAACUCAUUAUUUUGAAACCAACAUAACUUAACGCCCUUACUAACAUAAAAUCGGACUUUGUUUUAACUACGUUUAUAUGUGUAUGUGUAUGUAUGUAAUAGACACACUGAGUCCGUAACAAAGGAGACCAUGUUAACUAUGUUUAAACCGAAUGGUAAACAUUAAUAAUUUUCUAAAUCCAAAAUCUCAUUUUAAUUCUUGCAUAAUGUUACAUUUUGACAACACUACAGUUUGUGCUUGAGGGUUCAAAAUUAGCUUUAAAACAGGCUUCAAGAUGGGCUCUGCUUUGACUUAUCAUAAUAAAAAAGUCCACCUUUUUCCGGGCUCAGACGAUUAAAAUAUUAUGUUUGUCAUAAAUAAGUUAGCACGCAAUAAUAAAUAAUAAGCAUAUGAUAUAUGACCGAAUUUAUAAAAUUACAAGAUGUUACAAAGUUUCAAUUUCUCCUCUACAAAAGUGUGUAAAAUACAUUGUUUUUCACUCUUUCAAUUACACGUUACACGUCUUUCACGUAGUCUCACGUAGUAUCCCCCCCCAAAAAAAAAAUACUCUCAGAAGAGUAACAAUGGUGUUCCAAGACGCAUUACGUUCCAUGGGCGCCACUUGUAGGGCUAGGCAAAUUGACGAAUCUGACACAGAUUUUACUUUAAAAAAGAAAUAAUAAUUCGUUUUUUGUUUUAAGAUACUAUAUCUGUAUUGAAUAAGCUACAAUCAUGCACACUUAAGCGUUUGAGAUAGUCUACCUGUAAUGAAUAAGCUAUAAAGCUACACGCCAAAGGGUCAAUAGUAAUAACAUAAAACCAUAUGGUUUAUUUUAGCUUGAUGCUAGGAUAUAAAUUAUAAGUCUUGCCGUGUACGGCAUCAUGCCCUUCGUACGGCAUCAUGCCCUUCGUACUUCGUACGUCUCUGCAUACAAGACCAACACUAGGUCAGAAAUAUACGUGUGAACGAUUCAUGUCGUAGGUGGCAUGCAGGACUACAAUUACCUCCACACCAACACCUUUGAGAUCACCCUGGAGGUUUCCUGCUGCAAGUACCCGACUAGUGACCAACUGCCCUCAUUUUGGAGAGACAACAAGGAGGCGCUGCUCAGGUACAUGGAACAGGUGAGGUGGUAGUACUAGGACUAUUUGGUUUUUCAAUCUCUCCAUUUUUGUUUUGCAGUUAAAUUUCCUCAGCUCUAGAAAGUGGCUGUUUUUGUUAAUGUUUUUUUGUGUUUUUGUUGUUGUUUAAAUUAACAAUUAACAUACAUAGAUGUGAUAGGGUGAUUGAAACGAAUUACUUUACAAUCCAUGUGCAUUUUUUUAUUACAAAUCCGUUUGCUACUUUACCUCAACGAAAGUGAGUUUCUGAUUUUAUCAUUCAUCAAAUAACUAUAACAGCUCAGCAUUCAUCAAAUUACUAUAACACAUCUUCUUUCUCUGUUUUUUUUUUAUUUUUUUUUUUUAUUUUUAAAUUAAUGAGCCCAUUAUUUGUUUGUUUUUUUCCAUUAUAAGUUAUGAGGGACUGCAUUCAUGUCUUGUAAAAGUAAAUAAAUAGUGGACAAAAAUAUGUGUCAGCUUGAAUAUCAAAGACAAGACUAUUGUCUUUUUAAUUUAAACCCAAAUAUACUUUAUAACGAGACUUCUUGGUGCUGCAAUGAAACGUCCGUCCAUUAUCAAAAGACUUGUCAGUACACCAAUUCCUUGCUUCCAUCAUAGUUUUCAAACAGCGCUGUCAUGAGCCACCCAUUAUCGAUAGAUUUCUCCACCAACUAAUUCCAAGCCUCCGUCAUUGUUUUCAGACUCACACGGGGAUCAAAGGAUUGAUCGGAACGAGGUCAGGUAAUCCCCUGCCUAAUGUCAAAGUUCAUGUGUCGGGUAUUAACCAUGACGUCACUUCCUCUGACAUUGGCGAGUACUGGAGGAUCCUGGCUCCGGGGACUUACACCGUCAGUUUCAGCUCACCUGGGUAAAUAACAAUGUUGCGGUCUUCUUCUAUAAUAUUAUAGUACUAUCACCUGGGUAAAUAACAAUGUUGCGGUCGUCUUCUAUAAUUUCAUAGUAUUAUCACUUGGGUAAAUAAUAAAAUCCAAGAAGCAAGACAACAUUGGCGUAGCCCCCCCUACUAGAAAAUGGACAACUUAUAAGCGAUAACCAAUGCAAAGCAUACAUUCUCUUAAGGCAGUUUCAAUCCGUCUUCACCAAAGUUUCAACCACAGUCAUACCAUCCCUAAAACCAUCACCUGGUUCAAUAGGCCCCCUCAACAUAACUGAAACAUGAAGCCCAAUAAAGCGCCCGGACCAGUCUGUAUCCCAAAAAUUGCCCUGAAGACCCUGGCUGACAACAUUGCCCAAACCUUAACCUGCAUUUUCCAAAAGUCGCUUGACACAGGCAAACUUCUGCUAGACUAGCUUGAAGCAAAUAUCACUAGUGCCUACAAGAAAGGUGACCGCCAUAACCUAGAAAACUACCGACCAAUAUCCCUUAUCUCCGUACCAUGCAAAAUUCUAGAACACACCAUCUGUCGCCACAUUAUGAACCUUCUUGAACACUACAGCAUUUUGACCAACCUAAACCACGGUGUCCGCUCUGGAGUCUCAACAGAAACUCAAUUAAUCAUCACCACCAAUGACCUCCUCUCCUCCUAUGACAAGUGUAAACAGAUCAACAUGGCAAUUCUCGACUUAUAAUAGGACUUCGACACUGUUCCACACAGCCUUCUUCUACACAAGCUCCACCACUACGGCAAUACCGGCAACCUUCACUCCUGGCUCUCAACAUUCCUAACACAAAGGACAAUGCAAAAAGUGGUUGAUGGUGUCCGAUCAAGCAAUGCCUCUGUAGACUCAGGAGUUCAUCAUGGUACAGUGCUGAACCCCUUUCUCUUUCUCUGUCAUUUAAACGACCUCCCUGAUGCUAUAAAAUCUCAAGUGAGGCUGUAUGCAGAUGAGUAUCUUGUCUACAGAGAGAUAAAUGUCUACGAUGACCACAACCACCUCCAAGUGCGUUAUGAAAUAUGCGGACAAAUGGGGCAUGAAAUUUAACGAAACCAAAUGCUACACAAUGAGCAUCUCAAGAAAAAAACAUCAACGUACAUGUACUCUCUAAACAAGAACUUUCUCCAACAAGUGUCAAUUAAUCCAUACCUUGGAAUUCUUUUCUCUAAUAAUCUAAAAUGUUCACUCCAUAUAAACACAAUUUUAAAAAAAAAGCCAACUCCACACAUGGUUUCAUUCGAAGAAAUCUUCGCCACUGCCCAACAUCCUGCAAACAAAAUGCCUAUCUAGCACUCGUCCGUUCGUUUCUAGAAUAUGGUGCGAUAAUCUGGGACCAAAACGUAAGGCAAGACGUGGACAAAAUUGAGCGAACACAACGCAACGCAGAGCGCUUCAUCGCAAUUGACUACAAAUCCAUCACUCCUGACUUCGUCACCGAUCUCUUAAAAAGAUUUGACAUCCCCUCCCUCAAGAGAGAGACCAGAAAAGCUCCGUCUAACAUUUCUCUAUAAAGUGAUCACGGGGCUAGUGUUGGCCAUUCCAGCUAACACGUAUCUCACCCCGCAGAAGCCAGGUCGCUUAAUCAGAGCCAAACGCUCAAUAACCACUGACCUCACCUCUGACAACUCCAUGAGCAUUUACAUCCGGAACAAUGAUAAAUGCUUCAGUGUGUGCCUCGGUGAAACACAGUCCAAUAUAAACAGUCAUUCUUCGCACGAACAAUAAUUGCUUAGAACCAACUAGACGAUGCCGCCGUGGACUCCAAGUCAAUCGAGAGUUUCAAGGCUGCCCUGGCACCCGCUAGGAGCGGUUUGGAUAGCUCAUCGUUUCCCAAACCGCUGCACAUAUGCCAGUACUUGGUUCCAGCAACGUAGUCUAUAAGAAUCAGAAUCAGAAUCGUUUAAAUGUUUAGUUUCAAAGUGUAAAACUAUGUACAAACAUGAACCCCGGCUUCUCAGAUCUAUGCGUAUUUUAGUCGUCAACCAUUCAAUAAGUUUAGACAUAAAUCACAUGUAGACAUGAGUUUUCUUCUUUGUUUUAUUUGGAUAGAUACACAACUGUGACAAGAACUGUAACAGUGACGUCAGGACCAGCUGUCGUUCUUGAUGUAGCGCUCAGCACGGCCACAAGGCGAUGGUUGUACUGAAAUAGUCAACGAUAGUGCAACGUAGCUUUACAACGGUGAUGACAUUCCAAUAAAUAAAUACAAAAAAAUGUGUCAUUAUUCUUAUGGAACUCCAUAAUUUGUACUAGCCAAUCAAAAUUGACUUUUAGAAAAUAAAACGUGUUUGAUCAUUUAAAUUUUGUUUGCUGCAAUAUCGGUCAAUACUUUUGAACGAGUUUUGGCUGAUACUCGUCUAUAGAGGUACGUUCCCUCCGUACGGACACAGAAACAAGUUCUGAGUCUUGGUUGCUUUCUCUUAGCCCUUAGAAAGCUGAUGUGCA